CGACCGUAGUUGGGCCGCCGCCGCCGCCGCAGCUUCCCGCGGGAGCCAGUCUGAGCGCCGACACUCCGCGCGAGCGAGCCGCCGAUCGCCCAGCAAAAUGGGAAAUGAGGCAAGUUAUCCUUUGGAAAUGUGCUCACACUUUGAUGCUGAUGAAAUCAAAAGGCUAGGAAAGAGAUUUAAGAAGCUUGAUUUGGACAAUUCUGGUUCUUUGAGUGUGGAAGAGUUCAUGUCUCUGCCUGAGUUACAACAGAAUCCCUUAGUACAGCGAGUAAUAGAUAUAUUUGACACAGAUGGGAAUGGAGAAGUAGACUUUAAAGAGUUCAUUGAGGGAGUCUCUCAGUUCAGUGUCAAAGGAGAUAAGGAACAGAAGUUGAGGUUUGCUUUCCGUAUCUAUGACAUGGAUAAAGAUGGCUAUAUUUCCAAUGGGGAACUCUUCCAGGUGCUGAAGAUGAUGGUGGGGAACAAUCUGAAAGAUACACAGUUACAGCAAAUCGUGGACAAAACCAUAAUAAAUGCAGAUAAGGAUGGAGAUGGAAGAAUAUCCUUUGAAGAAUUCUGUGCUGUUGUAGGCGGCCUCGAUAUUCACAAAAAGAUGGUGGUAGACGUGUGACUCUUCUGUAAAGAGUACCACCCAACACUUUUGCUUUCUUCUCCAUCUCUGAAGAUCUGCUCAAGACGUCCAGCAAUGCUCUCUGUGUAUUUAAAUGGAAGUAUUUUUCUCUGUGAAGCCACAUUUUCCAACAUGAGCCUCAUGAAGCCAACUAAGUGUUAUUGAACUCUUAUUCUCUCAAUAACUCAGUGUAGCACUUUAAAGCUGAAGGACAGCAGCAUGAAAAGAGCAUAUCAAUGUGGUGAAGAAAGGGAAGGGGUUGGCUUUUUAAUUUAUUUUUCUUCAUCUUUUAUAACAAGAAAGUAUCUAUAUAUACAUAUGUAAAUAUUUAUAUAUAGAUAUAUGUAGCUUUCUAUAUGUGUAGUAGGUUGGCUUUAAUUUAAUAUACUUGAUUCAGAAACAAAAUGAUAAGAGUACAAAAGUGCCAAGCAGAACAUUCAACAUCCUUACUUUUAUUUCACACAGUUUUAUAUAUAGAUUGAAGAUUGUACAAUUUGAGCCAGGUGUUAGGCCAGCUAUUUUCCUUUUCCUGCUCUUUCUCUUUUGAGAGAUUGACAAAGCAUUUGUUAACAUCUUAUUAUUUACCUUGAUUACAUUUUUGUAACAAAGGAGUUUGUAACUUUAUUUAUACCUGUGAUAUAUUUCCAGGGACUGUGUCUCAUUGCUGUGCAGCUUUGACUACAACUCUGCUUGAGCAGAAAGUAUAGCUCAGUGCUGCUCCUCUUGUGUUCAUAUA